AUGUUUCUUGCGCAUCUCUUUGUGCUGCUGCUGGAGCCGAGGCUGUGGCGGCUGAUCACAGGCAGCCCGACCGACGAUAACACACUCCGGAGCGGCCAUGGAGAGCAGGGAGAGCCGGGACACAACGAGCACCACAAGGACUCCUACAGCACUUUCGCUUCAGAAUUUCUGGAGUCUAGAUAUCUUUCAGACGAAGGUUAUCCCUUCCCAACUGCACCACCUGUUGACCCUUUCGCCCGCAUCAAAGUCAGCGAUUGUGGAGUAACGAAAGGUUGCAUCAGGUAUGGAAAGCCAGGCUGUGACGCAGAAACAUGCGACUAUUUCCUAAGUUACAGGCGCAUCGGUACAGAUGUUGAAUUCGAGAUGAGUGCAGACACAGAUGGCUGGGUUGCUGUUGGCUUUUCUUCUGACAAGAAAAUGGGAGGUGAUGAUGUCAUGGGCUGUGUGCACGAUGAUAACGGACGGGUGAGGAUCCACCAUUUCUAUAACGUGGGUCAGUGGGCCAAAGAGAUCAGGCGAAACCCAGCAAGGGAUGAGGAGGGCCUCUUUGAGAACAAUCGGGUGACUUGUCGCUUCAAGCGCCCGCUUCACGUGCCACGUGAGGAAACGCUGGUGGACCUGCAUCUCAGCUGGUACUACCUGUUUGCCUGGGGACCUGCUAUACAAGGUUCCAUAACGAGGCACGACAUCGACACACCCCCAGUGUCUGAUCACACGAUCAGCAUUUAUAAAUACGAGGACAUUUUCAUGCCCACUACAGCCUACCAGACGUUUUCAUCCCCGUUCUGCCUCCUGCUCAUUGUGGCCCUCACAUUCUACCUGCUCAUGGGAAGCCCAUAA